AUGAUGACCAGCUGGAAGCUACUGGGGAUCUUGCUGCUCUGUCUGUGUGCCAGAGGCAUCUCAGGCAGCGGAGACCACCCCCCACCUACAGAGGCAUCAGAGGAGGACAGCCUCCCAGUUUUGCCUCAGAGCCCUCCAAUCCCAGGUGACCCCUGGCCAGAGGCACCCCCUCUGAUUGAAGAUCCUCCGCCUCCAGGCUUCAGUCGCCCUGGGAGAGACUCACCUGAUUCUGGGGUUUGGCCUCCUGAGCCCCCUUCAACCAAACCUCCUCAACCUCCCCUGCCUGAUGACCCCUGGCCUGUGGGAGACCAGCCUCCAGAGAACCCCUGGCCACCUGCCCCUGAGAUGGAUCACGGGGCUCAAGAAGAGCCAGAAGACCUUGACCCACCCCGGGAGGAGUACAGAUAA